AUGCACCAGCCCGGGGUGCCCCCGGCACAUGGAGCAGCUCCCGAGCCCCCGCCGCCCGCGCCCCUCUCCGUCCCCGCCGCCCGCACCCCGCGGCAGCCGCGGCGCCCGGGCAGGUCCGGCUGCUCAGCAGAACCCGCCCCCGCCCCGCCCCUCCCUGGGAUUCGAUGUUGUGUCACGUGGCCCUGCGGCCCCGCCCCCUUUCCCGCGCGCGGUCCCGGCGCCGGGCAGCCAUGGCGGGGUGCGGGGCCGCGGAGCGCGUGUUCCCCGCUCUGCCCCGCCUGCAGCCGCUUUCCACGGCCCGGCGCCCACCCGCGCCGUGGUUCAAGGACGUCCAGGCUGCCCCCGGGACGGCUGUGGGCUGGCAGCGGGGCCGCCCCGAGCGGCAGCUUUCGGCCCCGGGCCUCAGCCGCCCGGUCGCUCACGGAAGCUACGGCAGAUGCUGGUGGCAGCGGAGCUGAGGGGCCGGCGGGGCUGUGGCGGCUGGUCAACAGCCCGCGCUGCCGCUCCGUUCGCUGGGGUGCCUCCGGCCAGGGGCUGGUCAUCAACCAGCCGCUCUGUGAGUGCGAGCUGCUGGGCGCCGGGCCGGCCGUCGCCGCGCAGCCGGGUGGCCGUGGGGCAGCGGCAGCCGCCGGUUUCUUCAAGACCACGAACUUCAGCAGCUUCAUCCGGCAGCUCAGUCUCUAUGGCUUCCGCAAGGUGGGGAUGUUGCCGGGGAGCAGUGUGGUGGGGCCCGGGCCUGGGCCGGGCCCAGAGGGUGGACAAGGCAACGGUGGCAACUGCACUGGGCCCCUGCAUCACUUCCGCAGCCCCCACUUUCGCCGCGACCGCCCCGACCUCCUUGUCCACCUGAAGCGCCUGACGAAGGGCAACAAGGCGAAGAUGGCAGCGGGCCUGGAUGUGACCAGCCGCGCACCCAACCGCUUCCAGCGCUUGCCUGGCACGCCACUGAACGGGCAGCCGCUGCCUCCGCCCUCGACGCUCAGCAGGCCUGGACUGCUGACUGUAGGACAGUUUCAUCAACUUUACGGUCAAGGUGUUUUCCCUCCUUACUCCUACAUGGCAACCUCGUGCCAAGCCCCCAGCACUUCACCAGCACAAAGAUUAGAUCCGACUCCAGUCCCUUCCACUUGGAUCCAGCAGGGACCACUUGGGUUGCUGCCAGGGCAAGGGGCUUCCCCAGCUUUUCCAGAUAAAGGGGCUGCCUUUCCUGUACUCCAGACACUUCCAACAGGAGCCACGUACACCCUCCAGCCUGUGGCUUCUCUUCCGCCACUUCAGCAAGGGACUCAAAGCGUUGCCGCAUCCAUUGCAAAUUGCAGCAGCUCUGCAUCUUCAGUGCCGUACUCACAAGCCUGCUAUCCAACAGCCACACCACAGAGCUGUUCAGCAGCAGCCCACACAGAUCCUCUGGCUGGCUGUGCUGGUCCUACUGCUUCAGCGUGCACCCACGACAGCUUUCUCCAGAAUCCUCCAAUGCAGUCAUCUUAUGAAGCUGAACUGAUGCCGUCUGACUGGCUAUGUAAUAUAUCUGAAGAAAACAAGAAGGCAGAAGUCAGUCUUGAAGCCACGUUUCAGGUUGCCGCUGAGGUGCAUUCAUCAUGCAAAGCUGAAAAGGUGGGAGUGGCACCUGUAGAGAGCCAGUAUUCGAUCCUGGAGUUUAAUGGAAAUCAGGCACCGCCUGUUAAUAGUUACGCACCACCUUCAACUGAGGAAAGCCAGCUGGAAUGUCUCACUCUGUAACUUCAGACACAUAAUUUCUGGUGGAAGCAGAUGGAGCACUGAAUUUGUCUCCAUUACAGCCUUCUGACAUUCUUUGUGCUGCCGAUCCCACUCUGUCUAUAGAAACUGCUGCUGCUGCUAAAAUACUACAAGAACUUCUGACCACACAGGAAGCAGAUGAAAAACGGAGCAAAGAACCAGAUCACCGCCCAGCUGAGUUCUCCCUCAUGUUUUUUCAGGAAGAAUUGUUCAGUCCAGAGCAGGAGAAUACUAGUGUUAAAAGUGAAUCCAGGACAUCGGAGACAGAAGAGAGACAAUUCACUUCAGGAGCUGAGCCUGUGAACGAAUCUGUAGAACAGACAGAUUCAUCUGUAAAAUCUUUCUCCCGGAAAAGACGCAGUUCAGACACAGGCAACUCUCUCGAUCUCCCUCUACCGGUGGAUGUACCUCGGAAGCGGGGGUGCUUUCUGGAGGAUGAAAUAAGAGAGUGAGGAGUGGGUGACAAAUGUGCAGCAGCUGCCAGCUGGAUUCCCCUGUCAGACUCCAGCAGCCGUGGAGCUUUGCCCACAACAGCCACUUUGGAUCAUUUCAGCUGUGUUUAAAAAAAAAAAAAAAAAACAAACCCCAACAAAACACCAAAGACCACACACAAAAAAGCCCCAAACAAAACAACAAAAAACCAGCAAAAAAACCAGCCCCACACCACUCUAUUUUUUGCUUUCUUUUUAACUUGGUAGGGUAUUGUUCAGUAGGCCUCUUUCAUUACAUUUUCUACCUGUCAAGUUAUAAAGCACCAAGUGGUCAGAGUAAUUAAUAUGAAGUAAUUCCUUAGCUGUUUGUAUUCUUUAGAUUUGGAAAGUCUGAACUUUACAGGAACCCUUAAAUACUUUCUUGAGACAUCCUUACUGGGAAGCAGAUGGGUUUUAGUGCUCUGUUAGGAAUCUGUUUCACUUAUUUAUUUAUCUAUUUAACGUUGUUGGGAGCUACAGUAUGCUCGGCAUAGGUGGUGGUUGGUGCUCUCGCUGUCUUUGCUUGCAGUCGUACCGUGGCCCUUUACUGGGGAUCGUGUAUGAAACAAAAGCAUUGGAAAGUCGCAAGAUUCUGGGUCUGAAUGGGUCUGAGAUUUCAGGAGAGCAGCUAAAGGAAAGAUGAGCUAAUUUUCUAAGUGAUUAACCAGGAAACCUUCUUCCUUCCUGAACCAGCUCUCUGUUUCACCAGCAAGUGUAUGUAUGUCACAGCUGCUGAUCUUUUACGUUCCUGGGGAAUUCUUCUGGUUUAAUAAUUUCCUUUUGAUGCUAAUGGUAUCUGUAAUGAUAAGUUAUUUAUUAUUCUAGUACUCUGUUCUAAUUAUGUCUUGAAAAUAUUUUUUAAACUUUUAGAGGAAGAUUGUACUUAUGUUGAUAGCAGAUCUUAAGUUUUUACUAGCUAUACAUUUGUGUUCAUGUUAAAAUACUGUUUGAAGGAUAAAGGGGGCACAUCCUCUACUUGU